AUGAACAUAACAGAAAUAUCAAAUCUUACUCAAGUAAUUCUUGCUGAUCUGCUUCAAAUUGUGUCUGCCAAUGAGUCAAAUGUAGGAAGUGAUCUUCAAGAUGCUUUCAGUACUAUUUUCGAUGCUGUUAAUGCGAUCAACAAUGCUGUAAUUAAUGCAAUUCCAUUAUUAAAUAAUAUUGUUACUGCUCUUACUCAAAUUCUACAGCGUUGUAUUCAUCUUGUCGGACAAUUCGUAAAAUUAGUUCUUAAGGUUCUUGGAAGUGUUACAAAUACAAAUCAAUUAAAUAAACUUGGUCAUAUUCUUCUUGGUAAUCUUGCAAAUGUUGUUCAAACACAAAUAACUAAUAUUAAUAAUGCAUUCCAAACAAUUAUCAAUUUCAUAAACAACAAUAUUAUGACACUACUUCCUACAUUAACUCAAGAACUUACUAUUCGUGUUGCACGUGUUUUAAAUUCUCUUCUCAGUCUUCAAAAUUUGAUAAGUGUUUUGAUAGCCAAUAUUCUUGGACCAUUAUUUGCAUUAUUGGAACAAUUAAGAAUUGCACUUCAAAGUCUUUUGGCUUCAAUUCUUUCAACAUUGACUUGUACACUUGGUCAACUUGGUGGAUGUAAACCUUGCAAUAAUGAUAACGGUCAUGGUAAUGGUCAUGGAGUUCAUGGACGUGAUGUUUGA